UUUAAGACUAUUUCUAUGACUUACCUGGCAAACAGAUAUCGUUGAUGUUUUCUUUGAAAACAAAUGGCACAUAGUGAUUUAUCAAUAACCCAGUCAGAGCUUAUUCUGGUGAUCUUUUCUUAUUAUUUUACUGACGAAAUAUGUGAAACGUCGUGGAUAAAUCAGACGAGAGAAACAAAAUGUAUCCCUUUGCUGAGAAAGGAUGCUUUGCUCGUCUUAUUCUUUCAGUUUCAGUGUUACCUGUAGCUGUUGCUGUCGCUACAAACGGCACAGAAGAUGCCGUGACAAAUGUUGCUCUUCAUAAAGAAACGUUACAGUCCCAUUUAACACAGUACGACUCAAGUAUAGUUGCUGACGGCAAUACAGACCAGUAUGUGGCAAAUGGUUCUUGCAUCAAUAUUGAAAAGAAAGGAAAUUCUUGGUGGCAAGUGGAUCUUGGUGAUAUAUACACCAUUUUUCAUAUCAGGGUUUUUCUUGCUAAGGAUUGUUGUGAUGAUAUUGUUGAUGAAGUGGACUGUUACGAAACACCAUGGACAUAUGACGGUAAAACAAAUACAACCGUCAGUGGGAGAACUUGUCAGCGCUGGGACACAAAAUUAUCACACAUACACAUGUACAUGAGGCAUCUGUACAGACAUAAUUACUGCCGCGCGUUUCGUCAUUAUUUCUUUCAUCACAAUGCUGAAUACAAUAAAAAACCGUGGUGUUACACAACUGAUUCUACUGUAAAACGGGAAUACUGUGAUGUUGAUGAAUGUGAAACGGUCACAACUGAUGAUCUAAAUCUAAAAACUGGAACUCAAGUAAAAGCUGUGGAAAUUCCUGACUAUCAAGAUAUAACUGACCCUCUACGACAUGUUCGUGAUUUUGUUUUGCCGAGUAACAGUCGAGCUAGAUACGUUGAGUUUCAUCAAGAUGGUACAACAGACUAUUAUCCUCUCUGUGAAGUGGAGGUUUAUGGUGUUCAAGAUGACGUUACAAAUGUUGCACUUCGAAAGACUGCUGAAAUGUCUACAAUAAAUCAAGAACAUCUAUUUGACGAAAGUCUAGGUAUAGAUGGUAUUUCUGAUCAAUAUAUGCUCAAAGAGUCAUGUUUUGAGACUGCGGAAGAAGACAAUCCUUGGUGGCGAGUUGACCUCUUUGAUAUAUAUGUGAUAUUUCUGGUGAGACUAUACAAUCGACUCGAUUGUUGCAGUGAUUCAGCGUAUGAUGUUCAGUUGCGGACAGGACCUUCACUGGACACCAUGGCCGAGGCAGUCUUCGUUGAGGGUCAAAUAGAAGAUGUCCAAAAUAUCGUUCUUCCAGUAAACACUGAAGCAAGGCUCAUAGAACUGAUACGAAAAGGAUGGGGAUUUUUUCACUUGUGCGAAGUUGAAGUGUUUGGAAAGAAAGCUGAAUGUAAAUACGAUCCCUGUCAAAAUGGGGGCAAUUGUCCGUCGUACACUGUGGCAUCUAGAUAACUGCAGAAACUACACGUGCGCAUGUGCGGACGGUUUUGGUGGUGUUGACUGUG